ACUGACUGCAGCCUUUCCUUCCUGUAAGACCGGUUGAGGAAGUGAAUUUCGCUGACAGGGCUGGGUUCACUGAGGGAGAGGCGAACAAAACAUCUUCCGCGGGGGACAGAAAAAAAAACAAGAAAGCGAGAAGAGCGUUUUGACAAACCAUUCGAAGGUUAUAAGGCGUACAGUCACCGGUGAUAUUGUGCCUCCCCUGCGCAGCUGAGAACGCCGCAGACAUGAGUGAACAGCAGUUAGACUGUGCUCUGGACUUGAUGCGGCGUCUGCCGCCACAACAGAUCGAGAGGAACCUCAGCGACCUCAUUGACCUGGUGCCCAGCCUGUGCGAGGACCUUCUCUCCUCCGUGGACCAGCCCCUGAAGAUCGCCCGUGACAAGGCUGUGGGCAAAGACUAUCUGCUCUGUGAUUACAAUCGGGAUGGUGACUCCUACAGAUCCCCGUGGAGUAAUAAGUAUGACCCUCCCAUUGAAGACGGUGCCAUGCCUUCAUCUCGCUUGAGGAAACUGGAGGUCGAAGCCAAUAACGCCUUUGAUCAGUACAGAGACCUGUACUUUGAGGGUGGGGUCUCAUCAGUGUACCUUUGGGAUUUGGACCACGGCUUCGCUGGCGUUAUUCUCAUCAAAAAGGCUGGCGAUGGAUCCAAAAAGAUCAAAGGGUGUUGGGACUCCAUCCAUGUCGUAGAGGUGCAGGAAAAGUCCACUGGACGCAACGCGCACUACAAACUCACCUCCACCGUCAUGUUGUGGCUUCAGACGACUAAGAGUGACUCUGGCACCAUGAAUCUGGGCGGUAGCCUCACAAGACAAGCGGAAAAAGACGAUACAGUUGGAGAGUCCUCACCCCACAUCGCCAACAUCGGCCGUCUCGUCGAAGAAAUGGAGAACAAGAUUCGCUCCACACUGAAUGAUAUCUACUUUGGGAAAACUAAGGAUAUUGUCAACGGACUUAGGAGUGUUACAUCUCUGGCUGACAAGUCAAAGCAGGAGGCUCUCCAAAGCGAACUGUUCAAGGCGCUCAAACUGAAAAACCAAAGCUAGAGAUGCUACUGUUCUGUCCGUUUCUCUCCGCCCUCUCUUCUCAUGUUAAUUUUCCCGCGUCUGUCUCUCUCGCUGCACUCUUGUUUAUUUGUGGGAAAGAAAAAAAAAAAAAAAAAAGAGAAAAUGCUUCGCUUUUCUCUCGCCCCUUUCUCCUGUUAAAUUUGGUUGUUUUCAUGUAUUUCUCCAUGUUCUGAAGCCAUUCACUCACACUCCCUUCCAUGUUCCCCGAAACUAAAGAUAGCAUUAUGACGGUUAAUGAUAGUCUUGCAGCGUGAGGGUCGGUGUAGUACUAAUACCCCAAGCCCCCCCCAUUUCCGCGAUGUCCUCAGUCAUUUGGAACUGAACGAUCUUUAUUUCCUCUCAGUCGAGGAGAUAAACGUGCACAGGCUGUUGUGCUCUCAGUGGCAUCGUCGUGAUCACGUUUCUUCCUUGAACACAACCUUAGAUUUCUCUGUCCAAAUUGAUAACUGUCGUUUUAAUCUUCCCCUCACAUGGAGGCUUUUGCCUUGUGUCGGAAGAUUUUUACUCAUCAUCUGUCGGCAUGCAUGUGAGCCCGUGUGUAAGCGGGAGUUGCAGUCAGUGGAAAAUACUUACCGCCAUAAUAAUGACCCCCCCCUACCACCUUGCCACAAUGUGUAUAACAUGACCUCUUGACAGUAUCUUAACUUUUCCCUCUGCUCACCUUCUAUGUCUUUGUUGGGGGUCACAGUUUUUGUCAGUGGAAACCUUUGACCGUUUCCAUUUUGGAGGGGAAACUUUGUAUUUUGUUUUUGUUUUAAUUUUGUAAAGCUUAUGAUUCAUAUUGUAUUAGAGCCUCCAGCAACAAUAAAGUAAAAAAAGCUA